AUGGCGCCGAAGAAGCUCACCGAUUGCCCGGAAAAUCUACGGGAGGCCAUCGACUGGCUCAUACAGGUGAGGCAUGGGGAUGGGAAUGGGCUGGAGCAGUUGGCCAAAGCUUUGAAAAAGUUAAUCGAGGAGGCUAUUGAAAAGGCGUAUACCACUAAUGUAAGUGCGCUUCUUAAGGCUCUUGAUUCUGCCAAGUCGUACAAGUGUUGUAAGGAUAAAGUGGCUGAAGUUGAGAAACUUAGAGAUUCAAAAAAUCUUUCCUCAAAAACUUUUGAAAACCUUAAAUCGAAAUGUGAAGGCAUUAAAAAUUGCACUAAAAAUCACCUCGACGACUCCCAACAGAAAGCCUAUGAUGGCAUUACGUCCAAGUUCGAACAGCUUAAAAAGCUUGAAGAGAGUCUUAACAUAUUUACUUCAAAAGAUACAACUGAUGGAUGUAAAAAGCUGUUAGAGAAUCUUUGUGACGGCCUCGAAAAAUUCCUCGGCUUCAACUCUACUUCCAAAGGCUACGAUGGCACUGGUAUUGUGUACUCUGACCUGGACAGGCUGUGUGACGGGGUGAUGGGAUUUUUGAGUGGUGUGCUUAAGGAUGUCAGCGAGAAACAGCCUUACAGUGUGGGUAAAAAUGAUUUAAAACAUUUUGUUGAGACAGAAUUAAAAACUAAAUUAUCCACCGGGCGUGAGGGUUUUAAGGUCAUUGAGCAGGUGGCGAGGAAGGUGCGGGAGUAUAAUGAGAGAGUUAGGCAAAGUAAUGAGAAAGUGAAAGAGCCUAUUAAUGCGAUGCUAAGUGAAAUGAACGAUUAUAAAAAUAACGCAUUGAGAAGUAAAUUGCCAGAUGAAAAUCUUGAUGAUUACAAGGCUACUGAUAACGCGGUGUCCAAGGCAGACACAUUAGUACAUGAGUGCGUGGAAAAAAGUAUUGCGCUUGAAAAUGCUUUGACGGUUGCACAUGAAAACGUUUUAGACCUAAAUCACGAAUUAAAGGUAAAAAUCAUAGAUGCAAAAAAUAGCGUUACCCACGAACGUGAGAGGCUGACUAAGUUGUCCAGGAAGCAGUGGAAGGACAUGGUCGACAUGAAAAAUGAAAUUUGUAAUAUGCUCGAAUAUCUUAAAGCAGAAUUUAAUGUGAGAAUUGAUGACGAUAUAACUUCGCUUGUCGAAAAGUUGAAAGCUUCCGUCCGGAUAAUUAAAGAAAAGCUGAUGGAUAUAAAUGACAAACUGAUACACAGCGUUAAACAAAUGGAAGAGUGGAUGGAUGAAGUCAUCACGUCGAUUAAUGAAGCAAGGAAUCAGCAUGUAUCUAAAAUAUUAGGGGAGGCCAGCGGAGGUGAAAACACAAGGAAGGGCCACAUUAAGAAUAUUACGAAAAAAGUUAGCCAAGAAUUUCAGGAAGCAGAAGCAUACGUUAAGGCAUUGGUUGGUGUAGCCUUGGCUCAGGUGAAAUCCUUGAACGAUGGGCUUAGAUUCGAUCUAGAGGAGGUGAGAAAUCAGAUGAACGAAAACAUUGGUGGCUACGUUAAGGAGUAUGUUGAAAAAGUAAGGGGGGAACUGAAUAAAAUCACAAAUCCGUACACUGGGAUUGAUGCAAUUGAGAAAUCGUUGAAGCAGUGGGCUGGAGAUUACGAUGAUAAGAAUUUUGAAAAUAGAAUAGUGGAUUGGCUUGCCGAUAUAUUACAGAAUAGCGAAGUGGUGAAGGAGAAGCUUUCCGAAUAUUUUCUCACGGUAAAGACGAAAGUCAGGAACGAUUUCUUUAAUUCGGAUUACAUAACGCAAGAGAACACAAUCAACGAUGGACAAAUUAGAGUGAUUGCAAAUUUGAUUAAAGAUUCGCUGGGCUCCGACUUUGGCGUGCUCGGCCAGCUGGUAACAGAGCAGAUAAGAUCUGCCGAAAAAUCCAACGAUAAAAUCCGAGGCUAUAUUGAGGCUGUAAAGACUGGUAUUGAGUUUUUUGUGCAGGAUAUAGAACGGAACAUUAAGCAAGGAAAGGAUGAGAAACCGAUGUCAACGGGAAUUUAUGCUCUGGCCGACAAGAUAGCCAAGGCGAUUGAGAAUAAGGUGAGGAACACUGCCGGGACAUCUAAUUCUGCGUACGUCAUUAAUAUGAUCAAUGCUGUCACUCCUAUACUUCACCAACUACUUGCCAUAGCAAACGAGAAAGCCACUUACCUCAAAUGGCUUACUGGUAAAGGCAGCAAACAGGGCAAUAUCGGUUAUGUGGAUGAUGCGCUAAAAGUGGCUCUUAAUCUUAAUGCCAAAUUAACGAUAGCACUUCUCAGGAAUGGCGACUCAGGUUACGAGGACACUAAAGCUUUCGUCAGAAGGUCUCCAGUGCAGAACCAACUUGAGGCAAAUGUCGAAAAAACCAUUGUUGAAGCGCUGAAUGGAAAGAUUGGAACGAGUAAUGCUAGUAAAGUAAAUCUAUCUAAUCUUUUCAAUCAAUUUCGUCAACGUAUUACAGCAGCUGUCGAUGAUAGAAACAAGCUGAAUGGAACCGAAGAAGAAGGAACACUUCCUAAAGCCAUCGGAGCUAUUGAACUGUAUGGGCUAGAUAAACUUGGCAAAAGAUUAAAUGGAAAUCCCAAUGUGGAUGGUGAAUCGAUUGGCUUCCUCGAGCAAAUCAGACGACAUCUAAACGCUUUUGCCAAGGAAUUUGACACAUGUGGCCGAUACAUCGAUGCACAUCUGCACAAUUUGAAAACCGAUCGCAUUGGAAACGUGCUAAACGCCAUUAGAAAUAACCUCGAUGCUCUGCAACGUGAUAACUUAUACACGGUAAUCCAAGACGUCAAUAGAUUUCUUACUACAGAUGCCAACGAAUUAAAGACUCAAACAAUUUUGCAACUCAAAUCGUACGUAACAAAUCAAUUAAACUCCACUAGUAUAUCCCUUACCCACCUAUCCCAGAAACAAUACGUCACGUCCAUCAAAUACAUGUUAAAUGCGUUUUCCACCAAAGUGAGGAACGAAUUGCAUCAGCUCCCAGAGGCCAUAGAAAGUGAUCUAGAUAUCGGGUUUAAAGGCUUCAUGAACGCUAUCGAAGGCGAGGCAACUAAGAACAUACAGAAGCUGCAAUACGCCGUGGAUUUACGGUCAUUGUGCCAUGGCUUUGAGGCUUUCUUCUUGCCCCUUAAGAAGUUUAUCGACAGCGAAAUUAAGAGGGUGCAUGAAAACAAUAAUCUCCAGAAGAACCCAAAUCCUUUGGAACCUGAAAGUACAUACACUACUAAGAUUAAUAGAAUUUACUCUGCACUUAGCACGCUAAUUGGACACAUAAUCACAACCAAUAGAUACGAUCACAAGAUACCGGGCAUGCUUUCUAACCUUAUGGACGCUGUAAACACGCUCAAACCGCAAUCAUUCGAGCAGGGGAACACACCAAUACUUGACGGUGUUACGGAUGGACUCGGUAAGUUUGUGGACGAGAUGAGGAAGGCGUACAUGAGCAGGUAUGACGGUGCUAAGGCAAUUACGUGGGAUGGAACGUUCACCAACAAAGAACCCGAGGAGAGCAAAAAUGCGAAGAAAAUAUGCCUUACCGUUUUCUAUACGCUCUUCCACAAUUUGCAUCCAUUGUUCUACAAGGCGUCCACGGAUUGGAGAACACAGAAAAUUCAAGGUGGAGAAAAUAACAUGCAUUUACGUAAAUUUAUUGAAGACCUCGGAUACGAUGUUGCCAACCUUAUUACCAGAGACGACAUCGGCUGGAAUGUCGCUGUUAGGUUGGGUAAACACUUCCAGAAACAUGGUGAAUUUAAUGAAGAUCCCGGCAAACAUAAAUCGUUCGACAAAUACAUCGGUUAUUAUAAAAAUAAGGGUGUGAUCUCAAAGCUUUUCUCUCAUCUCAACGACUAUUACUACGUCUGUCACCUAGCCCCUGCAAAGUCGCCGAAGCAGCCGUGCAACAUUUUCCAGAUGCUCGCUUGGUUGUGCGGGCUGACGUAUAAUUCGGUGUACGGUGACUUGUCGCUUAACGGCUUCGGUGGUUUAUUCGAAGAGUCAAAGCAAGAAGAGGAGGCAGACCCCGACGGCAUUUCACUUAAAGUGGACGACGACGAAACCUUGUCCGCGUACCCAGAAGAUAUCACAGGCACAAAACUGAGAGACAGUCUCACCGCAGUAUGUCACAGCGCGUACGAUGUUCUCACUGCUGUACUUGGUCACGGGCACAACGACGGCGUAUAUGCGUCUGACUAUUUCAAUAACAAUCUCAAUCUGUCGUAUCCUACUAGCGGCAGUGCGUGCUUGGACAUGCUAGUUGAUAUAUUGCACAGAGUACACCACCAAAUGGGCUUCCUGCUAAAGCAGUGCCUCAACGGUCCCGACAGUAGCGGUUGGAAAGACUGUUGGUACGGCCGAGGAGUUGGUGGAUCAUCAUGGAGGUGCAACACAUGGCAAUGCCCCAAGCAAAUUGACGGUCAAGCGUGUACCCAAAUUGCCAACCAAAGAGCUGACCAAACGUGUAAUCAGCACGCUAGUUGCGGUCUCAAAUCGCCCCUCCAAUCGUUUUUGGAAGACGGCUUAGCAGGAUUUCUUCCACAUAAGAUUACCAAGCCCGGUUGCAAACUGGACUGUGCCGUUUCUAACCACAGGGGUCUGCCAUGCAAAACACCCAUGGGCUUUGCUGACAUAAGUGUUAAAGCUUCUCAUACGAAGAAAGGGUCCCAUCUUAUAGAACUUCUUACGGGCUUCUGUGGUAAGCGGGAUUCUCCGUUGGUAAACCUUUGCGCUCAAUUAACAUGCUUAAUGCAGCGCGUGCCGCAGACUUUGGAUGAUAUGUUCUCUUUCUACUCCAAUUUGCUGAAAGACUGGAAUAAAAAUGACACGCACCGGAGGCUGGCAUUUGAUAAUGCGGUAACCAAGGCUUACUUAAACCAACUUUACGACGCGUUGCAGGUGGACUCAAUAUUUUCCGGGGGCCACUCAAUCAAUCAUGCGAAGGGUGAUUUGUUCAGUCUCACCUGCGGUACUGACUCGUUGUCAAAAUCGCACUGUGGCCGAUACCUACAGCCAUUCAGCAUGAACACUUGGAGCGUUUUCUCCGAAAAAAAUGCCGACAGAUAUCUCACCUGGAUCACCUACCUUACCGAGACCUUUUACGUAUUACUUAAGAACAUAUACGAUGAGUGCUGCAAGAACUGUGCCACUCCUGGAUCACGCUGCUACGAGAAAACCUGCUAUAAAAAUUGUGUGGUGUCUCAAAGCGCUGAACAUCACGACAAAUGCAAAUCUAUCGCAGCGUGCAACUUCACUCGUCCAACGCUGUGCAAGUAUGGCUUCGUACUGAAAAGCUCAUCGAACCUCAGCGGCACGAAUGGCAACAAAACCAAACGUACAUGCCAAGAUUUCUGUAAAACAUUGAAGGAUGUAUUACAAGAAGAUCGUGUUCUAUUUAUCUUAGCAUACAAAACCAUUCCAGAAUUUCUCUUCACCAUCCGCGCCCCCUUCAUCUGGCUCAACGUGGCCCUCUGGCUCCUCUCCCUCCUUUACCUCAUCUGCGUGAUGAUUGGCAGACUGGAUGUGCUCCACAUCAAAUCACACUUACGAUCACCAUCAUCACAUCGCAUCGCUGCCCAAUCAUUACUCGCCGCGGCACGGGUCGGCAAGCUCAGCAAGAUAUGGUACCUGCAAGCCUAA